UAUGAAUUGGGGGAAUAGCCAUUUUUGUGGGUUAGUUUUAUUGCAGUCGAUUCUACCUUCUAUGUACCUUCAGUCGUCGAAAAAUAGAGUAUUUACUCCCUCAUUUCGUUUGGCCUGCCAUCGUUUUGGAUCAUCGAGAAGUGCACAUCUAAAGAAUAAGUACUUUGGCACCAUACUUUCAUCAUGCAAACUGGAUGGGAAUUCACAAAUUAUUCCUCUUGCAUUUGCUAUAGUUGAUUCAGAGAAUGAUCACUCAUGGGAAUCGUUCUUUCGCAAUUUGAAGGUUGUGUUUGGUGAGCCAGAUGAUAUUGUUAUAAUAUUUGAUAAAUAUCCUAGCAUAGCUAAAGGCGUUAGGAGUGUGUAUGUUCUUGCUGAGCAUGACUUGUGUGUAUACCAUCUACUCAAAUCAUUAAGGAUAGGCAUAAAUCAAAAUUGUUAGACCACUCGUUUGAUUUGUGUGUAAGGGCAUACACAAUUACAAAUUUUGAAUUUUACAUGAGGCAAUUGGAAGGAAUAGUUUUGUCGAUUAGGACUGAGUUAGAAGAGGUUGGGCUUUUUAGGUGGGCAAGGGCGUUCUUUACUAGGAGGAAGUAUGGAUUGAUGACGACCAAUAUUUCUGAGAGCAUAAAUUCAAAUUUAAGAGUAGCUUGAGAGCUUCCUAUCAUCCCCUUCCUUAAGUUCGUGCAUUGAUGAUUCAAAUGUUCUACGAACGUCGUACAUUUUCUAUGUUCCAAUGGACCGAUUUAUCUCCUUGGGCCAAGGGUGUUAUUCGAUCAACAUUGUUUAAGAGUCACACAAUGGACCUGAGUCAUUUUUUGAGUACUGUGUAUUUGUUCUUAUUAACCAUUAUUUUGUGUAUGCUACUAAAGUUGUGUAUGUUGUUUUUACAGUUGUAUCCUAUAAAUGAGUAUGAAUUCGAGGUUCAUGAUUGAACAAAACAUUUUCAAAUAAACAUUCUUCAUCGGACAUGCACAUGUAGAAGAUGGGAUAUGGACAUGAUUCCUUGCUCUCAUGUAUGUGUUGCCUUAUGUCAUAGGAACCUUGACUUGCAGUCGUAUGCAUAUGAAUAUUACCAGAUUUCUACAUUAGACCAAGUUUAUAGUUCGAGUGUGUACCCUAUUAGUGGUGUUGAUCAACUUAUUUCAACGGUUUCUUCAGAUGAAGCUGAGAUUCUCCCGCCCAAUUCAAAACAUCCAAUUGGAAGACCUACGAAAAAGAGAUUGUUAUCUCGCAGGAAGAAAGAACUAAGGAACAGGUGCAGACGUUGUGGCUUAAGAGGUCAUAAUUCUAGAAAAAGCAAAACUCCACUUUCUAGUUAGCUGGUCUUGUCCAAUUAGUCAUGUAAAAAUCAUUUGGUUCAUGUUGAAUAGAUUCUUCUAUUUUUAUUUAUUAGAUGAAAAAAGGUUUAUUUGUUUAUGGCGAAUGUCCAGUUUAAAACAUUGGUUAUGUUAAUAAUAUUUAUAUAUACGUUGCAUAUGG